AGUUCAUUGUAAAGAUUUAAGGAAAGGACGUCAUUUGGUGCAUACAAUUUUUGUUACAAAAUAUUAUUUUUCAGAUUUCAAGCAUUGAUGCCACUCUGAUUUGUUAUGUAUAAUACAAAAUCACUAUAAGCCUCACACGGAAUGCAUCCUCUGGUGUAGUUGUUAAAGGUUCCUUUAUUUCUUAUAAGGUUUUGAGAAGUAAACAAAGUUCAUAGAACAUAGUGGUAAGGUUUGUGAUUUGUGAAGGGAGGAAACUACUUAUCUAGUUGAAAGGGUGCCUCCAUAUGCAAUAGCAGCGAUAAAGAAGACAAUCGGUGAACAGAACACAUGGAGGGAGACGAUUGAUUUUUGCAGAAGCCCCUGAUUUUGUUUUUCCAUAUGCCUCUAAGGAGGGAUGAACAACUCCUUUAUUAUUGACCGGGUUAUUACGGGGAAUAGAGAAAGGGUUUAUUUAUUUUUUGUUGCUUUGAUUGUUGGAUACUGUGUUGUCGUUUCAUAUGUCUUUACUUUUUGUAAACCCUCUGUUGUUCAAUAAAUUAAAUCCGGGAAUUAUUUUUUAAAAAUAUGCAUAUGCAUUUUAUCAAAUACACAUAUAGAUAUAUAUAUAUAUAUAUAUAUGCAGAAUUGAAUUACCAAAUCUGAGGCAAAAACACGUUUUGCCACGAUCGGAAGAGAUUAUUUUUAUUUUCUUUUUUCAUCUAUUGAAGAGAGCGAAACCCCAAAACAGAAAAAGAAAGAACGAAGACAAAAGCAACAAUAAAGAGGCAACAAUGCAUUGCUUCCUAAAAUGAAACGAGUCCACUUAGUGUUUGUAAAUCUUACCAGGUAGGUCAUAAAGACUAUUUUCCAUUUUAUUUCCAGUUUAUAUUUCAAUUCCAAACCAAAGCAAAAAGAAGAAAAAUGGCCACGAAUCGUGCCCUAGAACCCGAGAUCGGACCCGAUGGACUCGCUAGGGAAGCUCCUGUCAUCGCCUACACUGAGAAGAUAAUCGAAGAAGAGCGGGUUCAACUCAAGAAAUACAUAGAAGAAAACUAUUCUAAAAUACGUGAUGUUGAAAGAGAACUAGCAAAUCUUACAAUGGAGAUGAAACUCACUGCUGGGCCCAAAAAAGCAGCCCUUGAACAUAUGAGAAAGAAAAUUGAAAUGUCAACUGAGAGAAUACGUAUUGCGAAGCAGAAGGAAGAACAAGCACGAAAGAUUUGGGAAGCAGCAUUGAAGGCUUUGAAUGAUGAGGAAGCACUUAAGCAUAAGUUAUGUGAGGACUUCAAAAAUCUGGUUCAAGAAAGCAGUAACUCCCAGUUUGCUCGACUUGAGGAGUUGAAAAGGCGAUUAGAAGCUCUGAACCCAAGUAGGGCAUCCGCUUUGUCUAGUCAUGACGUGAAAGCAAUUGGAUUAAUACAGGGUGCUGCGACUGUGGAAUCUUCCUCAGUUUCUCAAACAACAGAUCUGAGGCCUACUUUUUCAGAUAAUGUACCUAAUCUAGGUAAUGGUGGAAAUGUUCCGGCAAUGAAAUUGCAUCAUAAACUGCCCACAGAUGAUGGAGAACUAAAAGGAACAAAAAAAAGUCAUUUUCAUGGAAGAGGAAAAGGAAUUGGUGCCGUGCCAAAGGGUAGCGGAUCUAUAGCACCUGGCUGGACAGGGGCAGGGUUUGAUGUGGAUGGUAGAACCUAGAGGCAUAAUUUCAGGUCCUCUUUUCUUUACUGAAGGAUCAGGACAAACUAUCAUGUACGGGGUAUCACCAGUCUUUCUCCCCAAUUUAUUUCUUGAUCUCGACCCUUGUAUCCUUUCAAUUGCAUAUAGCUUGUUGAUAUGAAUGAUGUCAUGUGGCUUUUCUUUCUUUUUUAUUUCCUGAACAGACAAGUGUCAUUAGUAUUGUCUUCAAGGAGGAAAUUAUUUGAAUCCAUCUCUUUAAAGAAAUAAUAAUAUAAAUAAUUUGGGAAA